UUAGCUAAAGCUAAACAUGUCUGAGAGAAAAGUCUUAAACAAAUACUAUCCCCCAGAUUUUGAUCCAUCCAAAAUCCCUAAACUGAAACUUCCUAAAGACCGUCAGUAUGUGGUCAGAUUGAUGGCCCCGUUUAACAUGAGAUGUAAGACAUGUGGAGAAUACAUAUAUAAAGGGAAGAAGUUUAAUGCUCGCAAAGAGACAGUACAGAAUGAGCUGUAUCUGGGGCUACCCAUCUUCCGAUUUUAUAUUAAAUGCACAAGAUGUCUGGCAGAAAUCACAUUUAAGACUGACCCAGAAAACACUGAUUACGCUAUGGAACAUGGAGCGACACGAAAUUUUCAGGCUGAGAAGCUGCUCGAAGAAGAGGAGAAGAAAAUCCAGAUGGAGAGAGAGGAGGAGGAGUUAAAUAAUCCUAUGAAGGUUUUGGAGAACCGCACACGGGACUCGAAGAUGGAGAUGGAAGUUCUGGAGAACCUACAGGAGCUGAAGGAUCUGAAUCAGAGGCAGGCUCAGGUGGACUUUGAGUCCAUGUUGCAGCAGUACAGGGAGCUGGAGAAGAGACAGAAGGAAAAAGAGCAGGAGGACGAUGGGAGAGAAACCAAAGAAAUGCUGGAGAGGGCAUUGGUCAAACGGCUUAGAGACUCUGAUUCUGACUCUGAUCAGGAGCCAGAAAAUGUAAAAGAGCAGCAGAAAAGACACACUUCUGAGAUCCCUACAGACAUCCUGACUACAGACAAAGAAAUGGAUACGAAGGGUGCCACUUUGUCUGGAGUAAAGCGGCAGAAAGUUGAGAGCUGGGAAAAGAGUGUGGGUGGGUUAGGAGGAAGAAGUGCACUAGGGUCACUUGUAGUGAGGAAGAAGCCUGGGGCAACAGUUACAGCACCGCAGCCUGCAGCUGGAGCUCAGACUGAUGUAAAUCUUGCCAAUGCCACUACGAGCAGCAGCCAAACACCAACAGUUCAGAAUGGUUCCUCUCUCAACCUGCUGGGGGCGUACUCUGACAGCGAUGACAGCAACUCCGACUAGUCCUAUCAUGGGUGAUGGAAACCAUGCCUGAUGUUAAC